AAAUGAUAUAAGCGUUUUGAAUAAGUUGAAAUCCCCAAGUCUGGCUAAAUAUCAAUACAAAAUGAUGUUAUGACAUAGUUACUAAGCAACAAACAAUUCUUGCCAAUCUUCUUGCAAGAUGGCCUAGGACUUGAAAUUGUCUUGUCGAAUUCAAGUGCGUAGAAUGGAGGUCAGCGUCAAGACUUCAUGUAUUGGUAGAGAUCCAGGCUUUAUUCAUAGUUUUUCAAAUUGACAGUUCUAGUGAACUAGCCACCGAAGAAACAUCAUGGCAGGAAGAGGAUUCUGUGUCAAAAUAGAGCUAGAUUUACAUGCCGUUACAUGUCCUGGUGUAUGGCUUUGUCCUAAUGGAAAAGUAGCUCUUCAACUAAACACCUUUAAUAAUUGUAUAGAAUCUCGCCAGAUAACGCCAAUAUUUCCAUUACUAUUUCACGAUAAAUUUACAUUCAAAAAAGUUUUUACUGGAAUCACCACACUAGCUGAUUUACAGCGAAGCUUAGAAGAAGAAUUUCUUUAUACAGAACUUGUACAGUGGUCUAAAGCUAAUAGUCCAGGAGUCAUUUUGGCUACUUUUGAAACAAAUCUAGUUGAUCUGUUAUAUCCUGCUCCAUGUUUCAAAGGUUUGUUAGCUGGGGUUGAUGUCGAUUUAUUAAUGGAGCCUACUAAGUACUUUCCAGGUAUAUUAGCUCCAAAAAUUGAAAUCUCAACACGUACCGUGAUAGAGGAGGUAAUAGGGAAUUACAAUUCAUCUGCUACCGGAGCAUGUCUUGUUAAUCCAAAGACCAUAAAUUCGAAAAAUGCACCAUGUUUUUGCCGGAAACCACCACCCAAAGGGAUUAUCAGACAACGAAAGGUUUGCCACAGCCAAGGAAGGCAUAGGACUCAAACGUGUCGAAAUUGCAGUCAAAAGCCAAGCAGCCUUGAAAUCGAACGUAUCUAUUCACCGAGUGCUCCAAACAGGCGUUCUCUUUCUCAGUCAGAUAGAUGUUACCAUGGAAUCAAGAAACCACCAAAGUGUCCCUGCCCUCCAUUGUCUCCUCGAAAGAGUUCGGUAAAUACAGUGCACGAUGAUUCUCACAUCUUUGAAAGCUGCCCAGUUUGCUCAAAGUACAAGUGUUACUUUGCAUGCAACUGCGAAGGAAAAACUGGAGAAUGCACUUGCAAGUAUAAAAGCAGUUCACCAAAAAUACACGGUACACAAAACGCUUCAAAAUGUGUUAGAUAUCCUUCAAUGGAAAGAGAAAGUAGCUCUUGCAUGUGCAGACCUAGUAGUGCACCUGGUCCAAGAGAAGAACCAUCUACAUUACUAUUGAAAGCUAAGAUUAAGCAACUCCAAAAAGCGAAAGCAAAAUUAUCACAAAUUUGCAACAACAAGGAAGACGACACAUCUGAAUUAGAUCAAUGCUGUGAUCAUAAGCAAGAGAGACCAAAUGGAAGGCGAGGUUUCUACAAGAACUUGGAGAAAUUUUAUAAAAGAAUGUACAAACAGGCUAAAAUGCGUGCUGAAGAAGUUGAUUGUUUCCUAUAGACUGGCAUCCCACGCCAAUAGACUGGAGUAUCUUUGAUUCUUGGACCACACAUUCCAACUGAAUAUCUCAGCAGCGCAGGAUUUCUCAAAUGCAGUCCUCUGCCUUGUGGUGUCCAUGCUCUGAAAGUGGCUUUGCUCUCAGGACCAGGUGUUAUUGCUACCCAACCUGGAAUAGUAAAGAGAAGGUAUUAAAAAUAUUUCGAGUUCUUUAAGAACUACAAUUAAAGUAUCACUUUCUAUGAUUUUGUCAUGAGCUUGAUAAACAGUAAAUCACAAAACGACUUAUCACCUGCACUCGAUAAUACAAUGUCAGCUGCCGAUACUUUCCAUCCAACUCCAGUAAUCUCAAAAUCUUUGCUACUCAAUCGAGGCCACCUCUUCAAACGUUCAGGAUUAUUUAAAGGUACGGCAAAGGCUCCAGUGGUCAGCAUUCGAUCAUAAAUGAAACCCGCAUCUUCAGUAUAACAUAUCGUCACUGGUAAUUUAUGACUAGCAAAUACUGUGACUCUGUCGAAACCAAAAUUUUUGUGAUGAAAAAAAUGUUUUCACUCAAUUUCUGUAAUUGAAGCUCAUGAAGAAAUUAAUACAUCAAGACAAUUAUUAUACUCCUGUA